AGCCUUUCUAGAUUGACACCUAAAUCUCAUUCUGGCGCGCGUCUUUAUUCCCUCAAACCUCACCAUCAUUACAAUUCAUAUUACAUACAUACAUUGAAUCAUUCAUCAACUCUUUUUUUCUUCUUCUUCUUGCAUGCAUUUUACAAACUCAUCAUCAUUCUAAAUAUAAAACCUUCCAUGAUCCCCAAAACGCCGUCGUAAUGGUCACAGAUUCCAAACCCAUUCCCCACCACCGUGGCCUCAUUGUCGGUAACUACUGCCACGACAUCCUCCUCCACAACAACCUCGUAAUCGCCGAAACCCUCGGCGGCGCCGCCUCCUUCAUCUCCACCGUCCUCGACGCCCUUUCUCUCCCCUUCCACCUCGUCUCCAAAGUCGGCCCAGACUUCUCCCACGCCGCCCUCACAACAACCCACCCACCUCUCGUCGUUCCCUCUUCCCAAACCACCCUCUUCCACGCCCACUUCGGAUCAAAUCACCCCGACCGGAUUCUAAACCGGGUCACAUCAUGUGACCCGAUAACCCCAUCCGACCUUCCAACCGGGUCGAUGUUCCAAUUCGGAAUGGCGGUUGGAGUCGGCGGGGAGAUUCUCCCGGAGACGCUGGAAAGAAUGUUGGAUAUCUGCGAUACGGUGUUUGUUGAUAUUCAGGGUUUGAUUCGGAGAUUCGAAGACGACGAUGGACGCGUGAGGCAUGUGGGGUUGAAGGAAAGUGGAUUCGUUCACCUUUUACCGAGGGUUUCGUUUUUGAAAGCUUCUGAGGAUGAAGCUUCGUGUAUUGAUUUGGAGGAAGUGAGAAAAUGGUGUUGCGUGAUUGUCACGCAUGGGAAAGAUGGGUGUGAGGUGUUUUGUAGAGAUGGGUGUUUUAGGGUUGAUCCGUUUGAGGCUUGUCAGGUUGAUCCUACUGGUGCUGGUGAUUGUUUUCUUGGCGGUUUUGCUGCUGGGAUUGUGCAGGGGAUGGGUGUUUAUGAUGCUGCUUUGUUGGGGAACUUUUUUGGUUCUUUGGGUGUGGCGCAAGUCGGACCGCCCGAGCUUGAUUUCGCAUUGGUUCAGAUGGUAAAGGAAGAGAUGCACAAAAGGAAGGUGCAUGACUCUCCUAACUCCGGAAAAACAGACGAGCAGCUUGUGUUCCGGAAGCCACGAGAUCAAAAUCAAUUUUAUACAUCUCUUGUUACUGCCAAAAACAUAAUUACGUGUCCCAUUCAAGAAAACGGGCGGAAUCUGCUCAGCUCUACGAAAGCGAUGGAGCAAAGUAAUGGAAAGACAGGAGUUGUACUAAAUUCUGUCAAACAUGAACCAAUUUCAAGUGUUGACAGUGAAUAAUCCUAAUAUCAUGGGAUGAUUGUAGCUCAAAAUCUUGGUGCAAUUCCUCGACACCCUCUUUAGGAUCUCACUUUACUUGAAGUAAGCAAUAUUUCAUUUUAUGGUGUUUUUUGUACACCAAGUCUCAUGUGUAGCCUAAUUGUAGUUAAUAGCAGUGAUAAACUACUAAUGAAUUGUUCUUUGGAAAAAAAUAAAAAGAAAUUGAAAUUUUAAUCAA